GCCCGCCAGUGCGGAUGGCGGUAAACCGCGUGCGCGGCAAUUCGACAAUUUCCGGCCGUUUCGGUGAGGAUCUUCGAUAUGGAGUAUUGUACUCAUCCUGUUUGUAUCAGGAUGAGCGCAAAUUCGUGGCCCAGUGGGUACCUCGGAACCCUAGAUUUUCUAACUUCGAAGUGCACUUCUACCUCAUCUCGCGCGACGCGUGCCGGUACAGGGGUAUGCGUGCCCCUUUGGCGGUGGCGCGCAUUGCGUAUAUAUACGCGCCCCUCGACGCGUUUUCCUCUCCAGCACCUGCCUGCUUCCUUCCGCCUCUCCAUCACAUACCCGCACCGGCCUCGUCCGCGGCACCUCAUCUGUAGCCUUACGAUCCCUAAUCUCCUUCACGAUCAUCCACAUGAACCCCUACGCACAGGCAGGCUGGUACAACCCGGCUAACCCUCACUCUGUUAACGACCGCCCAUGGACACCGAAUGCGCCCGCGCAGCCGUCGAUCUUCGGCGCGCUUCCGUUCGCCCAGCCUGGCAGUCCGCAACAAUUCCACUCUUUCACCUUCACAACACUACGGCCCAACAUCCUCAACUCGACCGUGCUUGGUCCGCGCGACAAGAUGUACAUCGCUGUCGUGACGGACCAGCCCAAGCCUGGAUUCACGCUCCUGCAUCUUGCAGACGGCAAGGCGUUCGGCGUCAUCCAGUGGGGGCAGCGCACCAUCGUUGAGGUCCGUGACAUUGUGCGCAAGCAGUUCGCCGGCGACUUCCUGAAGUUGACCGGCGACGGGACGUCUCGCUUCAUGGAAGCCCGUGGUAAGACAUACACUUGGGUUCCCAAGGGCGAGUUUCUAUGUCUUUACACCUAUGGGCAUUCUACCCCCGAGCUCAUGGCGCGCGUCUCGAGGGGUCGCGGCAUCGUCACGCUCGAAAUGUCCACCAGGGCCCUUCAAGUCGGCUUGAUGGAGGUCGCCACACUGGCUACUGUUCUGAUGCUAUCAGGCCGCCCGCUCAACUAAGCCUCACUCUCACUUCGAUCCAUUUCCACCAUCACACCCGCACGUAACUUAUUCUCGCUCGCAUUCGCUCACACUGUAUCACUAGCUUUCGUUCUCGGGCUCAUAUCCCACACUAUUGUAUCGAUCUUCGCCUUCCAUCCCACUGUUUUCAUACUACUUAUUUGCUGCUUCGUUUGCUCACCUGUGUAUUGUUAGCCGUCUCCGCGAGCUUGUAUCCUUAACUUACCCU